AUGUCCAGGUUUAAAAUCGUCCUCACCUUGGUGGUCCCCGGAAUAGAGUGCCUCACUGGCAUCGUUGGGAAUGGCUUCAUCACAAUCAUCCAUGGGGCCAAGUGGGCCAGAGGCAAAAGGCUCCCGGUCACUGACUGCAUUCUGCUGAUGCUCAGCUUCUCCAGGCUCUUACUGCAGAUCUGGAUGAUGCUGGAGAAUAUUUACAGUCUACUGUUCCGGGUCACUUACAACCAAAGCACAGUGUUUAUAGUCUUCAAAGUCACUGUCAUUUUCCUGAACUAUUUCAACCUCUGGCUUGCUGCCUGGCUCAACAUCUUCUAUUGUCUGAGAAUCACAAACUUGGCUCACCAUGUGUUCUUCAUGAUGAAGAGGAAAAUCACGGAGCUGAUGCCUCGGCUUCUGGGACUGUCACUGUUCAUCUCCUUAUGCUUCAGCUUUCCUUUCUCUACAGAUAUCUUCCAUGUGUACGUAAACAGUUCCAUCCCUAUCCGUUCCUCCAAUACCACCGAGAAGAAGUACUUCUCUGAGACCAAUGUGGUCAACCUGGUUCUUCUCUAUAACCUGGGGAUCUUCAUUCCUCUGAUCAUGUUCAUCCUUUCGGCCACCCUGCUGAUCAUCUCUCUCAAGAGACACACACUACACAUGGAAAGCAAUGCCACUGGCUGCAGGGACCCCAGCAUGGAGGCUCACUUUGGGGCCAUCAGAGCGACCAGCUACUUUCUCAUUCUCUACAUUUUCAAUGCAGUUGCUCUAUUUCUUUCCAUGUCCAACAUCUUCGACAUCAACAGCUCCUGGAAUAUUUUGUGCAAAAUUGUCAUGGCCGCCUACCCAGCUAGCCACUCAGUGCUACUGAUCUUGGGUAACCCUGGGCUGAGAAGAGCCUGGAAGAGGUUUCAGCACCAUGUUCCUCUUCACCUGUAA